UCUUAAAAGUUUGUACUUCGAGCUUAUUAGCUUUUACUCAAUGAAGCUAACAGUUUUUCCACAUAAGUUGAACUGCAUAUAUUGAAAAUGAUUUGGCUCGUUAAUUAGCUUAUAUCAACUAGAAUUUUGCCGAUGAUAUUAGUUUUUGUCCCACGUUUCUCACAACGUUUAUGAGAAACAUUUAGUCAAUAUGAAAAAGCAAUUGAUCGGAAAAGUUCAUCCAAAAUCUCGUACAAGAAAGAAGCUGUGUUACUUAUGAGAUUUAAGCACUAUGGAAUGGAAGAGUUUUACUCUUGCUAUGUUAUCAAAAAGUGUGGCUUGGAUAUUUUGAUGUCACAGUUUGUGCUGGCGCAGUUGCUUAAAGUUUAAUGUAUGGCGUUUUGAUGUGAACAGUUAGAAUACUGGAAACUACAAAUACAAAACAUAUUAAGUUGUACAUCUUUAAGUGUCCUGGAGAAUACGUAAUACAACAGAAAAGAAAAGGAUUUGCAUUCAACACAUAUUUCCAACAUUUAAAACAACGUAAAGAUGAUGGUGAGUUAAUAAAAUGUUACACUUUCCCCCUCUCUCUUAAUCCACCAAAAUGUCUCAAAUAUGUUAGUUGUUGAACAAUGCACUAGCCUGAAAGUUCAUCUUCUCCUUCAUUAAACAAUUAAGUAACAAAUGGAAAUAAAAUUUGCUUAAAAAAUAGUUUUUUGAUGUUGGAUAAUAAUAAACUAUAUGGUAAACUCACCUUAUUGCAACAAGACCAUGUCUAAUGCCAUUCCUAUUUCGGAGGGUAAAUUCAGAAUGAGUGUUUAACAUACGGGCAAAUAUCAACGCGUAAGAAUGAUUACUAAAAAAAUCCAAAAUUUCAAGUGUUGCUCCUUGAGCCGAAGAUCUUCAAGAGAUAAGAAAAAGUAAAAACUGAUAAAUUCAAGCUUUGUAGUCAUGCAACAUAUUGAUCCGAUAUAGAGCUUUACUUCUUUUUAUUUAAUCCAUACAAUGGCGAGUUUAAUGAUGUGGUGUCUAUUGUGGCUGGCAUUUGGUCAAGGAUUGACUUUGAAAGUGCGUUGGAAUGACGAACUUCACUUUUGUGAGGAAGAAUGGAAGAAAUUUGUUUUCGACAAACGUAUACUUGAUUCAAAAUGUACAAAUUCUCCCCCAAGUUGUUGCGUUAAAGAGAAAAAUUAUCUUUUUGAACGAUUUAGAAUGUUCACUGAAAUAUGUCCAUUUGAAGGGACGUGUGGAUGUAGCCCGAGUAUUGUGAACAUAACUGCCUUUGGGUCCACAAAUCGAUUAUAUUGGAAAGAACCCGAAAACUUCACAUGUCCGCAUAAGUAUAUGUUAGAAAGGGUGGAAAAGUCAUAUCUCGAACCUGUUGGUUUUUUUGGAAUCGGUCAACACAAAAUCCCUUAUAAGUAUGUUUUGUACGGUGGAAAAAAUCACACGUGUUAUAUUGUUGUUAAUGCAAACUCUAAAGAGAGUCAGUGGCCAAAUGGUGGCUUUGGUUUACUUAAAGCUAAAACUGGAUGUCCUGGUGACUUCAAAAGCGGAUGGCGUGAAGGCUGGAGGUUUCAGGAUAUGGAAGAUUAUGGUGAACAUUCAAGAGCGUCACUUAAAAACCACAUGGAUAUUUUCUCAGACGAUUAUGGGGAUAUCAACAGAACAUUUUGUAUGUUAAACGAAAUAAACAAAAAAACAAUACCUUGGCCUAUCGGUUCAUAUUGCAUUUAUAAGUCAAAUAUAAGUUGUCCAAAAGGUAUGAGUACUGGGUCUGUUAAAUGGGACGAUGAAAAUGAUCGAAAUUUAAAUGAAGAAGCAGGAGAGUUACCUUACGGCACUUAUGAUGACGACACUGUCAUUCAUUAUUGUUGUCAAACUGAUGGCAAAUGGUAUGAACCCAUAGAGUUGCCAGUUACACAAUCUUUUUAUUUGUUGACAUCUAAUUCAUUGACAUCUCCCAAAUGUCAAAUGGUGAAGUGGGCAACAAGUGAGAUGGAGUAUAUAACAUUCAAUACCGAAGAUGAUAACAAUGCUGAUCGUUUUUCUGGAAAACACGCGUUCGUAAACACUUUAAACGCAUUUCGUCAUAGAAAGCUACAUUAUUGUUACUACGAAGACUGCCGUUGUUCAUUCACAGGACCACGUGGCUCAAUAUCUUUGCUACAAACAGCUAAAUAUGAAAGUGAUUUACGGUUUCGAUGUUGCGCAUGGCUAAUAACUGUAAAAGAAACAUUUAUCAUCUCGCUUUCAUUCUCAAAAUUAACUAUACCACUGUGCAACCAGUCACUCCUCACCAUUUACAAUGGUCCGAAUGAUACAUCCCCUGUACUUGGUAAAUAUUGUGGAGAAAACGCAAGCGCAGGACUGGUAAUACGUUCGUCAAAGAAUCAAUUAUUUCUCGUGAGCAACUCUGAUAGUUUUGGAUCUCAUUCGAAAAGUUUGUUUGCUUUUCUUGCUCACUAUUAUGCCACACAUUUAGAAGACUGUCGUUGUAUUUUUACUGGACCAAGCGGUUCAAUUGUUACACACAAUGCAACCAGAUACCAAAGAAACUCGCGCUCUCAAUGUUGCUCGUGGUUAAUAACUGCAAAAGAAACAUUACAAAUUUUGCUAUCAUUCUCGAGACUGACUGUGCCUCAAUGCAACUUUGCGUCUCUCACUAUUUACAACGGUCGAAAUGAUACCUCUUUUGUACUUGGUAACUAUUGUGGUGAAAACGCGACUGCUGGAAUAAAAGUGCUUUCUUCAAAAAACCAUUUAUUUCUGGUGACUAAUUUCUGGAGCUACGGGUCGCAUCCAAAAAAAGUGUUUACAUUUCGUGCAAAAUAUUAUGUCACACAAUUAGAAGACAACCAGUGGCCAAAUGGUAACUUUGGUCUUCUCAAAGCCAAAACUGGAUGUCCAAGUGACUGGAAAAGUGGUUGGCGUGAAGGAUGGAGGUUUCAGGAUAUGAAGGAUGGUAGUAUGAAUUCCAAAGCAUCACUUAAAAACCACAUGGCUGUUUCCUUUCAUAUGAGAAAGUUAGGUGUUGAUAUCAAUCGAACAUUUUGUAUGAUGAAUCAAAUAGACGAAAAAAAAAGGCUUUGGCCUAAUGGUUCAUAUUGUAUUUAUAAGUCAAAUGCGAAUUGCCCAAAAGGUAUGAGUACUGGGUUUGUUGAAUGGGACGAUGAAGAUGACGAAAAUUCGAAUAAAAAAGGAGGACAAUUACCUCACGGCACGUAUAAUGACGACACUGUCAUUCAUUACUGUUGUCAAACUGAUGGCAAAUGGUAUGAACCCAUAGAGUUGCCAGUUACCCAACCCUUCUAUUUGUUGACAUCUAAUUCAUUGUCACUCCCCAAAUGUCAAAUAGUGAAAUGGGCGACAAGUCAAAUGGAGUAUAUAUUAUUUGAUACAGAUGAUAAUAACAUUUAUGGCGGUUUUGCAGGAAAACAUGUGUUCGUGAAUAGCUCAGCUAGGCCAGGUCUCAGAAAGCUGUAUUAUUGCUACUACAAAGAUUGCCGUUGUCUAUUAUUUGGACCUUCUGGCUCAAUAUCUUCGCACAAGUCAAUCGAAGAUAAAAAAAGCUCAAGCUUUCAAUGCUGCUCUUGGCUGAUAACUGUUGAAGAACCAUUUCUUAUAACACUAAAAUUCUUAAAACUGACUAUGACACAAUGCAACAGUACAUUUCUCACGAUCUACGAUGGUCAAAAUGAUACCUACCCCCUACUUGGUAAAUAUUGUGAAGGAAACAAAACAGCCGAAAUGAAAAUACGUUCAUCGAAAAAUCAUUUAUUUCUCAUGGUUAAAUCUUUGAGCAAUGGGUUGCGUCCAAAAAGCUUAUUUACUUUUUAUGCAAAAUAUUUUGCCACACCAUUAGAAGAGAAUGAGUGGCCAAAUGGUAACUUUGGUCUACUUAAAGCUGAAAGUGGAUGUCCUGGUGACCGGAAGAGUGGAUGGCUUGAAGGAUGGAGGUUCCAGAAUAUGGAAGAAUAUGGAACGAAGUCAAGAUCGUCACUUUGUAGCCAUAUAGCUGUUUCAUUUCCUUAUAGAUAUUCAGGUGUUGAUGUCAAUCGAACAUUCUGUAUGUUGAACCAAAUAAACGAAAAAAAUAGACUUUGGCCUAAUGGUUCUUAUUGUAUUUAUAAGUCAAGUGACAACUGUCCAAAAGGAAUGAGUUCUGGCAAUGUGAAAUGGGACGAUGAAAACUAUAGAAAUAAGAAUAAAAAGGGAGGAAUAUUACCUUACGGCACGUAUGACGACGAUACACGUAUUUAUUACUGCUGUCAAACUGAUGGCAAAUGGUAUGAACCGAUUGAGUUGCCUGUUACCAAACCUUUCUAUUUGUUGACAUCUAAUUCAUUGACAUCUCCCAAAUGUCAAAUGGUGAAAUAUGCAGAAAGUGAAAUGGAGUAUAUUUUGUUUGAGACCGAAUUUUAUAACAAUUCUGACAGUUUUUCUGGAAAACAUGUGUUCGUGAAUACUUCAACAGGAUCUAAUCUCACAACGAUGUAUUAUUGCUACUACGAAGACUGUCGUUGUCUACGGAAUGAAUCUAGUGGGUCAAUUAAGAUGCCCGAUACAAUUGAAUGCGAAAGUGUUUUACGGUAUCGAUGUUGCGCAUGGCUAAUUACAGUAAAAAAAACAUUUAUCAUCUCGCUAACAUUCUCGAAACUAACUAUACCACUGUGCAACCAGUCAAUCCUCACCAUUUACAAUGGUCCGAAUGAUACAUCCCCUGUACUUGGUAAAUAUUGUGGAGAAAACGCAAGUGCAGGACUGAUAAUACGUUCGUCAAAGAAUCAAUUAUUUCUCGUGAGCAACUCUGGUAGUUUUGGACCUCAUUCGAAAAGUUUGUUUUCUUUUCUUGCACACUAUUAUGCCACACAUUUAGAAGACUGUAAUUGUUCAUUAACUGGACUUACUGGUUCAAUAUAUUUGCGCAUGCACAAGUCAAUCGAAGAUGAAAAAAGCUCAAGCUUUCAAUGCUGCUCGUGGCUGAUAACUGUAGAAGAACCAUUUAUUAUCAAACUAAAAUUCUUGGGGGUCACGUUGCCACAGUGCAACAAUACAUUUCUCACAAUCUACGAUGGCCAAGAUGACACCUCUCCUGCAAUCGGCAAAUAUUGUAAAGAAAACGCGACCGCAGGAAUGGAAAUACGUUCUUCAAGAAAUCAUUUAUUUGUUAGCUAUAAUGGCUAUGGCUCGCAACUAAAACGUUUGUUAGGUUUUCAUGCAAACUAUUAUGCUACGAAUUCACAAGAUAACCCAUGGCCAGGUGGUGACUUUGGUCUCCUUAAAGCUAAAACUGGAUGUCCUGGUGACUGGAAAAGCGGAUGGCGUGAAGGAUGGAGACUUCAGCAUAUGGAAAGUGAUCGUGAAAAUUCAAGUGUGUCAAUUAAAAACCACAUGGCUAUUUCCUUUUCAGAUGUUAAGAUCAAUUGAACAUUUUGUAUGUUGAACCAAAUAAACCAAAAAACAAAACUUU